CUGCUGUCGGCAUCGUGCACCUCCGAUGGCAGCCUCUCUCGCGAUCGCAGCGACCGCCUUUGCUGCGCCCUCCCGCCCUGCGGUCGGCGCGGAGCGCGCCGGCGUGCAGAUGAGCGGCGUGGCUCGCAAUGCCAACUUUGGCAAGCUGCAGGCGGGCUACCUAUUCCCCGAGAUUGGGCGGCGGCGGAGCGCGUACCUCGCCGCCAACCCGGACGCCAACAUCAUCUCGCUCGGGAUCGGCGACACGACGCAGCCGGUGCCGUCGCACAUCCUCUCUGGCCUCGUCGCCGGCGCCUCCAAACUUGGCACCAAGGAGGGCUACUCUGGCUACGGCGCCGAGCAGGGGAUGGGGCCCCUCCGCGAGAAGAUCGCGUCUGCUCUCUACGACGGCAAAGUCGACGCGGCGGAGGUCUUUGUCUCGGACGGCUCAAAGUGCGACAUCGGCCGGCUGCAGAUGAUGUUUGGCUCGGGCGUGACGAGCGCCGUGCAGGACCCGUCGUACCCCGUCUACGUCGACACCUCCGUCAUCAUGGGCCAGACGGCGGAGAUGGACGCCACGAGCAAGCAGUACGGCAACAUCGUGUACAUGCCCUGCAGCCCGUCCAACAACUUCUUCCCCGACCUCUCCUCCACGCCUCGCGCGGACGUGGUCUACUUUUGCUCGCCAAACAACCCGACGGGCGCCGCGGCCUCCCGCGAGCAGCUGCAGCAGCUCGUCGACUGGUGCAACAAGCAGGGCUCGAUCCUCGUCUUCGACGCCGCGUACGCGCCCUUCAUCCGCUCCGCCGACGUCAACUCCUUCUCAAAGUACGCCGGCUUCACGGGCGUGCGGCUGGGCUGGACCGUCGUGCCAAAGGAGCUCGUCUGGGCCGACGGCUCCUCCGUCGCCGCCGAUUUCAACCGCAUCAUGUGCACCGUCUUCAACGGCGACUCGAGCGUGCUGCGCGCCGGUUUUGUGCUCAUCGACUACUACAUGGAGAACGCGGCGAUGCUGCGGCAGACGAUGCUUGACAUCGGCCUCAAGGUGCACGGCGGGACGGACGCGCCGUACGUCUUUGUCGACCUCGAGGGCAAGCCCUCGUGGGACAUGUUCUCCAAGAUUCUCGAGGAGGCGCAGGUCGUGACCAUCCCGGGCGCCGGGUUCGGCCCCGGCGGCGAGGGCUUCCUCCGCCUCUCCGCGUUUGCGCCGCGCGAGGCGUGCGAGGAGGCGUGCACGCGCCUGCGCACGGCGAUGAAGCCCGACGCGGUGCCCGCCGCGUGAGCGCGGCCCGCGGGGAAGGACGCCCACCGACAGCGUCCCGGCGGCAGCGUCCCGGCGACAGCCGCCGCGCGCGAGGGCGAGCCGGCACACCACCAGAAAGAAAGAAAGAAAGAAAACA